AGUCAUGGUGAGCCGGGCGCUGGUCUCCUCCGGGUGGCUCUCUGGAGCACUGAAAACCAAAAAGUCUCCAUCGCUGCAGGUCCUGGACACCACUUGGUACUCUCCGGGGGGGAAGGAUGCCGGGAAGGAGUUUGCGGAGAGACACAUCCCGGGCGCCAUGUUCUUCGACCUGGAGGAGUGCAGAGACACGGCGUCGCCGUACGAGAUGAUGCUGCCCAGCCAGUCGCAGUUUGCCGAUUACGUCGGCGGUCUCGGCAUCACCAACCAGAGCCACGUGGUGAUCUACGACUCUGAUAACAUGGGCAUGAUGUACGCCCCCCGGCUCUGGUGGAUGUUCCGUGUCUUUGGCCACAACAACGUGUCGGUGCUGGACGGCGGAUUGGUGAACUGGGUGAAGCUCGGGCUGCCCGUCACCUCGGAAAUCACCGCCGCCGAGCCACGGAAGUUCACCGCCGCCCUGAACUCCUCUCUGCUGAAGACUUUCGAAGACGUUGAGGAGAAUCUGAGCACCAAGAAGUUCCAGCUGGUGGACGCCCGAGGAGAGGGAAGGUUCUGGGGCCCGGAGCCCAAACCGGGAGAAGUCUACGACGGCUCCUGGCACGAGUGGUUCCACCGCGCCAAACCGGAACACAAAGUGUGCCAGAAGAAGGGCGGAGCCUGA